GGACACUUUUUUUUUCUUGCUCCUAAGUGUUAGGCGGCUGACACACCGCUGUCAGACUGCAAGUACGAAGCUUUUAUAUACUAGUCAAAGGAACCCAGCUAGACAUCCUCUCGCACGUCGUACAGACUCCCGUCUCUAGCCAGCGCAGACUUUUCCUAGCCAAACAGUGCAAGCUUGAACAACGCGGACACACCGUCCACCAUCGCCAUGGACGAGACGGCGCCGCUCCUGCCCGAGGACACCCGGGUGUACGAGGCCCGGCGGCACAGCAUCGACGAUGUCUCCGCCGCCAACAAGGACUUUGUCCAGUUCGACCCGGAGGGCGACGCCGAGAACCCCAUGGACUGGCCGGCGCCGUACAAGUGGACCAUUGUUGCACUGCUCGCGUCCAUGGCCUUUACGGUGACAUUCACGUGCAUCUCCGUGGUCCCCAUCGCAAGCCGCAUCAUUGCCGACCUCGAGGGCGAGGGUAGCAACCCGAGCAAGUCGUCGAGCGUGCUGCUCGUCACCAUCUGGGAGCUCGGCGAGGCGGCCGGCCCGCUCUUCAUCGCACCCCUCUCCGAGGCAUAUGGCCGGUACCCCGUCGUCAAUAUUGCCAACAUGCUCUUCAUUGGCACCGUGGUGCUCGCCGCGCUUGCCACCAGCAGUGAGACCAUGAUCCUCUCGCGCUGCCUCACGGGCGUCGCCGUCAUCUCCAACGUCCUCAACCCGGCCAUCGUCGGCGACAUGUUCCCGCCCGAGCAGCGCGGCACCGCUAUGAGCCUGAUCCAGCUCGCGCCGCUGACCGGCGGGGCGAUCGGGCCGGCCAUUGCGGGAGCGAUCGCCGAGACCGCCGGGUGGAGGACCAUCUUGUGGAUCUCGGUCGGCCUCGCGACCGCUUGCGAGGUGCUGUUCCUGACGCUGUUCCGCGAGACGUACCAGGUGCCCAUCCUGCGGCGCAAGGCGGCGCGGCUGCGCAAGGAGACGGGCAACAACGCGCUGCGGACCGUCUUCGACGCCGACGAUGGCUUGUCGAGCACCAAGAAGGUCCUCGAGGGCGCCAUGCGGCCGCUCGUCGUGUUCUGCGGCUCCGGUGUGCUGCAGGCCAUGUCGCUGUUCGGGUCUGUCGUGUUUGCCUUCUUCUACAUCAUGUCGACCACCCUCCCGGACAUUUUGCAGGAUUUGUACAAGCUGUCUCCGGCGAUGACGGGCUUGUCGUUUGUGCCGUUCAGCGUCGGCUCCGUCGUAAGCGUCAUCAUCUGCAACAGGAUCCUUGACCCCAUCUACGUGCGCCUGCGCGACGCCAACGGCGGCGUCGGGCGGCCUGAGUUCCGCCUCCCCGUCGUCAUCGCCGGGUCCUUCAGCCUGCCGCUCGCGAUCCUGCUCUACGGCAUCGUCGCGCAGGCGCGGCUGCCGCUGCCCGUGCUGCUCUUCAGCGUCGGGCUCAUGGGCGGCACGCUGCUGCUGGGCUUCCUGCCCGUCAUGAACUACUUUGUCGACGCGUUCGGCCUGUACUCGGCGUCGGCCAUCACCGCCAUCAUCGUCACGCGGUGCAUCAUGGGCACGUUCCUGCCCCUGCUCGCGCUGCCCCUGAUCGACGCCCUGGGCUAUGGCGGCGGCUUCGCGGUGCUCGCGGGGAUAUUGCUCGCCAUGGCGCCCAUCCCGAUGCUCGUGAUGCGGUAUGGUGGCAAGUGGCGGCAGCGGUCAAAGUAUACUCGGGAUGCUUAGACGACGGGGGCGAGAGGGAGAAGAGGAGAGGAGGAGGUGUCAUUUAGAUGGUGGGAAGUCCCGAUCACAUUUUGGAAGAGAGGUGGGAAAGAAAGCAUAGCGAAGCCUUGUCAAAGUUGGACCAGCCCAUGACGGAUCUGCAUGCAUGAUUGAGAUGUUUGGGUCUCUUUUGGGCGAGUGCAUCUUGGAUUUGUCCUUGUCGUUGUUGCUUGACCUAUAGACAUGAUGAAAUGACGAACAUAUCGAUGCCAUGCCCGAUCUCGCUUUAUCAAGGCGCGGGGGGAAAUCAC